AUGGUGGUGGCCGGCGCACCACACAAUGAAACAAACCUCUACGCCAAACCAGGGCUGCAUGGGACAUACUGCACCAAACAGUACUUCCAAGACACCCAGAUAGACAUCCUGGCCACUCUGUCCGCAGGCAUCUCCGAGAACUCGCCCGUGCCCAAAGUGAUUGUGGCAACGGGUCUUUUAGAGGGCCAACUGACGAGCUCAAACGCUGCUGUGGUGGUGGUUAGUGCUAACACCAACGACGCCAAAGGCCCCCUUGCCACGGUCAGGGGCAUCGGAGUGGGCACGGCCCAGGUUACUGCCACGUUUCACAACCAGGCCAUUCUGCCAACACUCACACGCAACUUCGAAGUGUUUGGCGCGGUAGAACCCAUUGCAUCGAUCGAAGUGACGCUGUUUCAUGAGCCUGAAUUCAUCGCUACUGAGAAUCGCAACAUUACCUUUAAGCUGGCGCCAGACUUCAUGACCACCAAUGUGUCCACCGAAGUCGGGCGGCAGUUGUUUGUGUCGGUGGUGGUGCAUCCAAUGUACUCAGGCCAUUCGUUUCAGCUGUACAGCACAGACACACUUCGGCUCUCGUCCACAGACACGUCUGUUCUUGCGCCUGAGAUCGACGGCAUCACCUUCCGCACAAUGGGCCAUGGCAGAGGCAGUGUGGCUGUGGUGGAGUGGUGGCCUGAACUUAGCAGCGCCGUUCAGUGCUCUGACUACAGUACACCCGAAGCAUGGGCUACGGUAUUUGUGGACAUCCGCGUGCCACCCCCCGAACAGUUCAUAGUCACCAUUGGCUCAUCUACCAUCACCGCCGAUCGGAACGUCAUGCUCGCAGGCAUUCCCAACACCACCAUCAUCAGCAAAGUGGAGGUGGUAGAUGCUACAGGUGUCACACGCCUAGAGACACACAACCCACACCUCAUGGUCAGCCUUAAGGCGGCGGCGGCGGGAAGUCCGGUGGUGUGUGAUUUGGUUUAUGAUGAGGUGGGCGAGGGGUGGCAGAUACUCCCGAGGCCCUCAGUGGCCGGUAACUGUAGUGUGGAGCUGUGGCUGUCGCCCUAUCCCCAACGCACGCACACGCAGGUGAUCAGGGUGGUCACGCUGGACAGACUGCUGUGUAAGGUCAACCCGUACAUCCCCUAUGACGGAUCGGCCUACUUUGAUGUGCGGCAGUUGGCGGAGAUCAGCAAUACAAACCCUAUGCGGUAUCAGAACGCCACAGUCAAUCGCUUCUUAGAGUUAUCGGACGGGUCACAGAAAUUCAGCGACGCAACACAAGAAGCACUGCGCCGAGAGGCCCUACGGCUGCCAGUCAACGCCAUCAGCACAGUCACAUCAACCUCACCUGCACUCGUGGGAGACAUGAUCCAGGGCAAGCCACUCGCAGGACAGAUGGACUACACCGUCUCAGUCGACUGCACGCUGGGCACCGAGACUGUGAGUGCAAUCGAAGUCCGUAUCAUGCCCACGCCCACACAAAUCAAUCUGUUCGUUGAAGCGGUGCUAAAGAACAUGAACGGAGACACAGUCAGCAACCGGGGGACUAUCACAGUGAACACAGAUCGCGCAGAUGUCAUUUGGAUUGACAACUCAGGAGCCUUGCCACUGCUGACACUUCUUAAGAACAGUCGCGAACAUGUUGAGGUCAGUCUGUGCAGUGAUCUGGUGUGUAAAACUUUCUUAGUGGCAGCCAAUCUGCUGGCGGAUGUGGGCGACGUCGACAUCGGUUGUGUGGGCCAAAUGGAUGGUCCCCCGUUGGAUUGUGAAGUAGACGGUGCGCAUGCGAUACAGCUCAGCGUCAACACAGGAGGGUUUAACCUCACCUCAGUACAGAUCACUCUACAGUUUGACCCCGACUGCAUAUCCUUCGGAGCUCUGAACGAAGCCGAAGGGCUGCAACUGCGACAGAACAGCAGUGAGCCAGGCUUGCUGACCAUCCGAGUGACCAAUGACGCACCAUACUACACCCAGUUCAGCGGCCACCAAGUUGUUAUAGCAACCACCGUCAUCACCACACAGCAGGGCUGCACCAAGAGCUCUCCCACCAUCCAGGGCAAGAUUAACACUCUGCAUGUCGAUGGCAACCGCACCUUUGCACCCGACCGAGACAUAGUGGCGGGUGUAGUGGAGUUGGCCAUCACACCCACCGUAGCCAGUGGGGCCAUUGAGCCCACCACGCGCAGAAACACACACACCCCACACGCACCCACAGCCCUAAGUCACGGGACAGGACAGGGGGUAUAUACACCAAACAGGACACCCCGCACCAGCAGCAGACGACACACUCCAACCACCACCACCGGAACACACACGCCUGUCUUUGUGGGGGGGACUACUACAGCAACACACCCACACUCUUGGGGGGAUGACAGGUCUCUGAGGGGGACUACUACAGCAACACACCCACACUCUGUGAGCCAUGGCAGGUCUCUGGUGCGCACGGCACAACAGCAGUCGGUGUGUGACGACGAGGCGUGUGCGUAUCCUAAUCUGUGCCAGACGUGUUGCACUGGGCUAAGGUACAAAGGUAUGCCGACGAGUGGGGGUGUCACGGGUGUUGGGGUGAGGAAGAUAGGGGGUGACAUCAACGCCGACUGCAAAGUGAACUCAGCCGAUGCCGAGUAUCUGUUUGCCUACGACCUACACACCAGGCGUAAUUUCGACACCACAACUGGUGACGAAAUAAGCAACCACACCGCGCACGACCCAAACGCUCUGACUGGCCGCAAACUGUACGAUGUGGAUGGUGACGGAAUAAGCGGCAGCGCGCAUGACGCGUACCUGGUGGACCUUUUAGUGGCCAAGCGUAUGCCUGUGCUCAAAGAUUUUCUGUUUACCAACACGCCGUGUGGCGCUGAGCUUGGCGUGGUGUUACAGACCGCUUCGGGUAGCCAGCCCUCCAUGGACCUGGAGGUGUACGUGAUAGUACAAAGUGAGCAUGUGCAACCCAACACAAGCGCCUUCUCCACGCGUGUGUCAGUGCUGCACACACACACAGUGGCUGUACAGGCCAUGCACACAGACGACACAACAGCAACAGCCGAUGGGGGCACCAGAUACACCACUACUCUCACGGCUAAGAACCAGUUGUCGCAGCAGAAUGCGACGGUGAGUUUUGCGGUGCUGCUGAUUUGCCGCACACGCACACAGCACAGUGAAACACUGGACAUCGUCACACUCUUUGGCCAAGAAAAGGCCACAGACGCUCACGUGCCAGCACAGGCCAUGCAGUGGCACAUACCCUCGCGCUUCCUUCUAAACCAGAUUCCCAUUGAGAUUCCAUCGGGUGGCUACACAGAUGUCUCCCCUGUGUACAACUACAGUACGGCGUCGGCUGACGUCUGCGCUUAUACUACUGUGCCCGUACGCGUCACGCUCGCCAUCCUGGGGUUGAUUAACAACCGUACCUACUUCUGCAAAUGGGGAGAUACACAGUAUACAGGAAGGGUGCUGUCACCUGACACGUUGGACUGUCAAUACGCGCACGUGCCACAGUACUUGACACUUGUGCGCAUCACAGUGACGUCGUUGCAGUGGGCCACUGUGGGCGACAGCUCAGCCCAAACGACCGAACUGAUUGAGGUGGACCCGUACAACUUCAUUGCUAUCAAUGACACCAUCAUCGGGCUCGAGGUAGUGACCGCCAGUGUGGAAAUGAGUCGACCCGCAUGGGUUGAAGUUCAGUCCCUCAUGGACUAUGAAAUGCCCGACUACGAGAAACUCAACGGAACACUCCGCAUACAGUGCGUGUGGACAAUUAACCACGAACAGACCCGAUCCUCGGCUAAGUUCAUAUCCCAGAGGGAGAUCCAGUGUGAGGCUGACCAGACUAUUGCCACCGAAGGCUCAGUUGAUUUGAGUGUGUGGUUUAACCCCACCACAGAAGCACACGUGGGCAGUGUCAACUACACACAGCCAAUGGGAUCGCUCUAUUCUGUUGACGUCACUCCCCGGGCAGUUUUAUUGGAUGAGCCGAUGACGUUUGUGGUGAUGACAGACAGCGAAGUGACUGUGGCACAGAGAAAGAGCAUGAGGUGUGAGCUCGACGGAGUCCUUGCGGAGAUUGAGUUUUUGAACACUACCGUGUCCGGCGAGGAUGGCACAGAUCCGGCCCUAAAUUCUACACUCAGGUGCACUUUCCAAGCCACUCCCGAUGCACUGCGAAAGAAGUUCAGACUUGUCAGCUCGGCUGAUGAGACGGCCAGAUACGUCAGCAACGGUGUUCUGAUUGAGGGGUACGUAUUGCCGCAGAUCAUCUCACCCACCAACACAGACAAGCCAAUGAAGGUGCCCAUUGGCAGCCAAGGGUUUAUAGACAUCAUCGCCCACCCAGCACACACCUUUCUCGCCGAUCAGAUCCUGGGAGACGCCGCCCCAAUGCCCAAGUGCGAGUAUACCUACACUGAUAGCAAGGUACAAUUUGCGACACGCGCCCCAGUGCUUACCAGUGCGAACGUGACCGCCAACUUCGACGGUGUGCUGGUCGUCUUUGACACUCCCAUAACCAUCGGGUCCAAUAUCUCCACAUGCAACGACCUAAUUAACGACGCCUAUGUCGUGAAACUCGGCGUCGGAAACUCGUGCGAGCAGAAGGGACCGAACAGUUUCCUGGCCAAGUUCGGCGCCGCGGCAACGGUUAAUGAAGACGAUAAGAAGGAUGUACUGACGCUUAAGGAAGGGUCUGUGUUUGCGUCUGUUGAGCCGUCUAUGAGCUCUAAUGGAUCGCUACCUACAAGUAUUACUGUCAAGCCUACCGUGCGCGUAGUGGUGUCGGGGCCGUCUAUCAUUGGGCCGUGCGAUGACAUUACACUGAGUGGCCUUGGUAGUCUGGGCAAUGGCGGGCGCCGAUUCAAAGAGUUUGUGUGGAGUGGGAAGGGCAUCAAUGAGACCAGAGGUGCGACACUGACCAUCCCCAGCGAGGCGAUUACCAUAGGUGUUACCUACACAGUCACACUCAUCGUCACCAACUGGCUGGGCACUACCAAAAGCCUCGACCGGUCAUUUAAAAAGGUGGCAGACAACGACACUGUGGUGGUACUACCAGAGGCACCAGAAAUCAUCACAGCUCUGGACAAGACAGCAGUACUACGCACCACAGUCACCGCCCCACACUGUGGCACAACGCCCUAUGAAGGGUUCUUGAAGUACUCAUGGGCCGUCAAGACUGACGCUGGUGCUGCUAUCAGCGACGCCAUUGUCUCACGGUUGGAAGCCUCGGCCGUGUGGCGAAGCACGCAGAACGACAGUACGUUGGUUAUACCGCCCAAUGUCCUUGCACCUGGGCUGUACAGGUUUGUCCUGACUGUGACCGACAGUGUUGUCCUGGAGGCCCUGUCUACUGCGGAGAUAUCGGUCACAGUCACAGCCCUACCAGCAGAGGCUAUCCUCAGCAGCACAACCACCCGACAACCCCGUAACACACCAUUGGUACUGGACGGGUCUCAGUCACGGUCUCGGGAUGUGAAGAAUGUCCAGGCGGUCGAUCUGGUCUAUUACUGGACAUGCCAGUACAUGACCAACACAAGCGAUACCAAUGUGGCAUGUGCGACAGACAACUUCACUACCACCAGUCUACUCACGCAAUCACUGACCAAUGCCACCGCAUGGCCCUCAGGCGACUAUCAGUUCACACUAACCGUACAAGACCUGAGUAAGCUGUCCACACCAGGGCUCUCCAUCAGUUCCGCGCAUACCACAGUGUCUGUGGUUGAUGCCACAUUCCCAUUGGUCACCACCAAACGCCUGGGCUAUGACGGAAGUGUGCUGAGCUCCACCUCCCACCACAGCGUAGACUAUUCUCUGAUACUCGUGUGUGAGACGUCUGCCCAGAAUGUCCGGUGGUCCGGUGAGCCGCCCACGGGCGCACAAACCUUUGCGUACGGCCGUUUCAGCACCACAUCCCGCGAGCGUCGGUUGGUAGUAGCACCUUAUACGUUAACCAAUGGGCUGAGGUACCACUUUGAAUGUCUGGCGUGGGAUGGCUCUGCCAACAAUGCGACGCAAUAUGGCUCCAGUACCAUAGAGAUCGAGACCGCACUUGGGCCGUCGGCAGGAACGAUUCUGAUUGGCCCGGAGGAGAUUGUGUCGGGAGUACAAGCGGAUGAUGUGUCAGCGGUUUAUGGAUAUCAGUUGCCCAUCCAAUGUGAACAGUGGAUGGAUUCAACCACUGACCUGAACAUGGUGUACGCGUUUGGUUAUCUUCACGGGAACGUGUCACUUGCCGGUGGCAUAGCAACGCUCAAGAAGUACUACGACCAGUACCAUUCAUGGGGCACCAAUAUUCAAACGCCACACAUAGAUGUGAGUGUGCCUCUGCCUCCCGCCACAAUGUAUGUGGAGGCCGGAGACCUGUACUAUAUCACAGUGGUUGCCAUGGCAACGGGCUCCAACCAGACUACCGUCAUGAAGUACCGUACUGUGUCUGUGGCCGUGCCUGAAGAGUUUGACGCGCUGAUCUCAGACCAAAUAGUGACGAAGCGUGGACAACUGGCCGAUGCCAUCAGAGAAGCGGACUUCUGGCUGGGCAUGAACCUGGCGGACAACCUUCUGCAAACAUUCAUUCGCCAAAGUACCGAACUUUCGUUCGCGCUACAGCCCACACCCACAACCACCCCGCCUGGGUCAGGCGCUGUAAAACCACCUAUACUAUCAACCACCGCCACCGGCGACCGUAGGAGGAAUGCGCAUGGGUCUACCUAUGCGUAUGUGUAUAAGGGCAGCCACGCAAGCGUCCAUGACACUGGUCCACAGACCCAAUCUCUGGGACAGGGCAUCAGAGGUGCCUCCCAACACCCGAACAACAACCCUGCACCCGUUGUAGGGUUUGGUAGUUACACUAACAACGAACCGGUUGUGAGGUACAGGACACACCGCCAACCCCACCGCCGCACCAUCACACUGGGCCCAGACGACCCGGAAUACAUUGACCAGGACACCGCCUGCCUCACCAAAGACGCGCUCAACGAAGUCAUCGACAGCUACGCAGCCCUGUUUUAUCUCAAGCCCCCCACGAUAGGUGCAACCGAGUCCUACAUCGCACAGCUGGCCUACAUGCUGGAGGGCAUGCUCUGCCGCACAGUGCAUGUGCGGGUCAUCAGGUACAUCUUCGCGGCGCUACAGAGCUACGACGAGCUGCGGCAGUCCACAGACGGGCCUUUAUCGGCCGAGACACGUGCACAGAUACUCAGUGCGUGUGACAGAGUGUUACACGUGCACUUGGGCAGCAGCCCAGCCACCAAGACCAUGCGAGAGAUACGCCAGAGCAUUGUGUUUGCCCUGCGCGAUGGGUUGAGGGGGCGCGGGUGCAUUGCUGGACAGCCCACCGCCAGCCUGGUCAACGGCACACGAGAGUACUUUGACUAUGCCGUGGCGGUGGCUAACCUCAAUCAGACGCUUCCGGUGAGUCUAGGGGAUGUGCUCUACAACUUCACCGUGCAGGCUGAGUGUGUGGAUGCCGUGACGCUGACAUGGAAGCGCGUGUCCAUUGUCAAUGAGACCAGCAGUGCCAAUGUCACCAGUGACGACGAGGACACCAUCAUGAUGGAUGAAUAUGACGGCUGGUACAGCACCAUCGUAGAGGCCAAUCUCUACAACGCCAGCGCACGCACGCUCAAUGGAGGCAACAAGUUCCAGCUACUGGAGACGUUAUACGACGACGAUGACACGACACACUCGUCUGUGUCCGUAGACGAUACGUCUGAAGCAUCGUCCGUCAAUGAGAGGGCUUUAGUCGCCAACGACAGUACGGAUGAGGUGGUCCCUGGGGAAGUGACUCAGGUGGUGCAGUACACCAUCCAGUACACCCAACUGACCGACAACUACAACACGCCCAGGAGAUGCUACUUCUUCCACGCUGAGGACGCUGACCCAAAGUUCCGAUACGAUAGGACGAAGUGCUGGCAGGUGCUAGAUGCCUUAGACCCGUCGCUUGGCAACGGAACCUCGACGGACUCUGCAGGCGAUGGAGAUCUACAAGACGACGCUAAUGACACAUCACCAUACCCCACAGGCACGGAGACGGGAACACCUGUGGACUCGACAGCUAUGAGUACACGCACAGUGGUGUGUGCGUGCGUGCAGCCAUACAUAGUUACCGUUCGACCGAGACAGGUAUUCCUUAACCCACCGGAGGACUCUAGUUCUAUGCGCGUGAUACUGAUCGUAGCGCCAAUCCUGGUGUCUCUAUUUGUAAUAGGACUCGUCGCAGGACUGAGCCGGUGGUACUACUACACCAGGAUCAAGCCAAGGCGAGACUUCAGACACCGGUACAAACGCCAGCCCACCUUCAAGGAUGGGAACGGGUUCGCUACGUUCCAGUUGGUGAAAGUGCCUGGGUACAGAGAACCCCCCCCAUUUAACUACCGCACUGAUAGUGUGGAGCUGCUAGCCGAGCACCGAGAAGGCGAACGGAGCAGUCUGCGGAGUCACAGUGCCGGAUCAGACAUGGGGAUGGACAUGAACAUGUCUUUGCACACCUCGUCAGACAACUGGCACGGGCAAGAGGGAUACCGUAACCAUGACAACGGACUCUCAAACAGCGCAGAUGCUAGUGCUGGGAAUACGUUGUCCGAGCACGGCGGCAUGCGGCCUAUGAGCCUAUUCUCACACCACCAAGACCACGAGGGCUCUAAUUACGACGAUAGUGUAGACGGCUUCGACGACGACGUGAGUAUCGAGCGGUUUGAUGAUGUGGAUCUCACCCUGGACAACCAUAGCGAUGACUACGCACAGCCUGUGGAUGUGAAGGGAUCACAUGAGCACACACAGCACACAGACCAGGCAAGCGAGGCCGGCGACAAGGGUGUUGAUGAGAAACCAGUCAAUGUGGAUGAUGAACAUGCCGACGGAGGAUUGUGAUCGCAUCAUGAGUAGCGCAUAUGUGGUGAUACACAGAUACAUAGCUACAACGGAAAGGGCUUGUUGUAGAUCUUGUAGUUCUAUUUCAAAUCGGGCACCCGUAAAAUUAUGUCUACACAAACAUAGAUUUUUUUCGCCAAGUCAAAUGCACUGGGCACUGUUUGCGUGCUAUGAAGAGUGCGUGAUGCGUUGGCGAGGAUGCGAAACUUACAAACGGGUAUAGCAAGCGGAAGCAUGGAGCUCGCAAAUGCUAUACAAACACUGUACAACUCCGAUAUAGUGCACAGGCCUUAAUGGCCAAGGAAUACCGUUGCAAUCGACAACAUGCGGCCCAGAGAUUGCAAGAGGUGAAAUCAUUCACCUUUCGCUGAUAGAAUAUAUACUAGUGGUGAAUUUAUUAACAUACUACCAGAGUGUGAGGAUAGCAAUAUCUGACCCAGGUACAUACACAUCGCCACAUCGAAAUAAUGAACUAAACUAGUCAAAGUACACAACGCAAAACUGUCGUUUAACAGUCGAGUUUCAAACGCAAUGCCCAAAACAGCUCUCAAUCGACCCGACGCUCCUACUGGAGUGCUGUUGGUUUGGUGCAACGGUAACCAUCAAUCUACAACGCCUUUGCCGAUAACAAAGAAAAAUAGUCGGAAAUAAAUAAAUAUGAGUAAUUAAAAUACAACUGCACUGAUCAAACAUACACACUAUACAGUAGAAGGUUACAUUAACACACUCAGCAACGUGCAA